CACACGCAUCUGGCCUGCUCCCGGUCGCCCCCUCCCCCUUGCCCAGCCGCACUCAAUGGCUUUUGCACUCAUGGGCCCCGAGGCUUCUUUCUUCAGGGUUUUGGACCAGCACAGGGUCUCCCUGAUCCAGUCCCUUAAGGAAGGCCCAGGGGAGGCCCCCCGUAAGGAGGCCUCGAGUUCUGAAGUUCUUGUAUCUAUAGAAAAUAUUAUCCAAGACAUCGUCACAAGCCUGGCAAGAAAUGAAGCACCAUUUCUUACACUAGACAACAGAUCAAAUUGGGAAAAUAUCAAAUUUGAAGAUUCUGUGGGUCUACAGAUGAUACCUCAUUGUUCCACCAAAAAAAUCAAAAGUGAUUCAGCACAAUCAGCCCAAAGAUUUGCUCUAAUUCUUAAAAUAUUAUCUAUGAUCUACAAAUUAGUCCAGAGCAACACUUAUGCAACCAAGAGAGACAUAUAUUAUACUGAUAUCCAACUAUUUGGUAACCAGAGUGUUGUGGACAAUAUAAUCAAUGACAUUUCCUGUAUGUUAAAAGUACCAAGGAGAUAUCUGCAUAUUCUGUCUACUUCAAAGGGUCUAAUUGCUGGCAAUUUAAGCUACAUUGAAGAAGAUGGUACCAAAGUGAAUUGUACCUGUUCAACGGCAGUUGCUGUGCCAUCUAAUAUCCAAGGAAUUAGAAAUUUGGCUACAGAUGCUAAGUUCCUACUAAUUGUAGAAAAAGAUGCAACAUUUCAGCGACUCCUAGAUGAUAACUUCUGCAACAAACUAUCUCCAUGCAUAAUUAUUACGGGCAAAGGAGUACCAGAUCUGAACACAAGACUUUUAGUCAAGAAACUAUGGGAUACAUUUCAUCUUCCCAUUUUCACUCUUGUGGAUGCCGAUCCACAUGGCAUAGAAAUAAUGUGCAUCUAUAAGUAUGGAUCUUUGGCAAUGUCUUUUGAAGCUCAUAAUCUCACUGUUCCAACUAUUAGAUGGCUUGGUCUUCUUCCCUCUGACAUUGAAAGACUAAAUAUACCAAAGGAUACAUUAAUUCCGCUGACUAAACGGGACCAAAUGAAACUUGAUAGCAUCCUAAAGCGACCUUAUGUUACAUGCCAACCAUUUUGGAAAAAAGAAAUGGAAAUAAUGGCAGAAUUGAAAAUGAAGGCAGAAAUUCAAGCUUUGACAUUUAUUUCAUCAGAUUAUCUUUCUCGAGUAUACUUACCUAAUAAAUUACAAUUUGGAGGAUGGAUAUAAGACUGUCUUAGCAACUCUUAAUAAAACAACUAACGUACA